AUGGACUCCAAAAAAUCGCAUCUCUCGCGUUUCCGGCGGCAUAUGGCGCAGGAUGUGCACCAGGACUGGUCCGACAUCAUCCUCGUCGUGCUCUCCUUCAUCUCUGGCAUGGUGGAUUCAGCUGUCUUCAACACGUGGAGCUGCUUCGUGAGCAUGCAGACUGGAAAUACUGUCUAUGUCGGCCUCGGCGUCUCCGGCCAACCCUACAGCCAGCCCUACCGCUGGGCCAAAUCCAGCACGGCCAUUGCCUCCUUCUGCCUGGGAUGCUUCGUCUUCAGUCGGGUCUCGCGGGUGUUGAAGCCCUUGAAACGGUCCACCAUGGUAGCCUCGAUGCUUGUACAGGUCGUUUUGUGCUUCGUUGCUUUUGGCCUCGUGGUCAGCGGCUUCGUGCCCAAGGACGCUGGUGAUCGUCUACCUCACGACUUCAUCGUGCUGCUGCCGCUCAGCCUGUUGAGCUUUCAGAGCGCUGGGCAGAUUGUCAUGAGUCGGUUUUUGGGAUUCAACGAACUCCCCACCGUUGUCCUCACCAGCACCUACUGCGACCUCUUCAUGGAUUCCGCUCUGUUCACGACCCCCAUCGUGACACGGGGCGCCAAUCUUAAGCGCAACCGCCGCUUCAUCUCCGUGAUCGCGCUGGUCGUCGGUGCCGCCGCCUCGGGCUUCUUGACUGAGGACGGAGACAUUGGGCACCCAUUAUGGAUCACAGGCGUGCUCAAGAUCGCCAUUGGCUGCGUUUGGGUCUUUUGGCAGGGAAAGGGUGCAAUUCGCCUGGAGUAG